UGGGUGAAGGCAAAAAUCUGAUCCCCAUGGACCCAAACGGCCUGUCUGAUCCAUACGUGAAGCUCAAGCUAAUACCAGACCCCAAAAAUGAGACCAAGCAGAAGACCAAAACCAUCCGCUCCAACCUCAACCCCAAAUGGAACGAGACCUUUAAUUUCAAGCUGAAGCCUUCAGAUAAGGACCGCAGGCUGUCAGUGGAGGUGUGGGACUGGGACCGGACCACUAGGAACGACUUCAUGGGGGCUCUUUCCUUCGGCGUAUCAGAGCUCAUGAAGGCCCCAGUCUGUGGCUGGUAUAAGUUACUGUGCCAGGAGGAGGGGGAGUACUAUAAUGUUCCCAUCUCAGAGGAGGAUGACGGGAAUGAGGAACUGAGGCAAAAAUUUGAG